AUGUGUCUCGUGAGCCCAGCGCUCGUCACCAGCUCGGGCCUCGACGACCACCAGCGCACGGCCGCUGGCAUCGACGCGAUCGGCAACAUGACGCUGUAUCCGUUCGAUGCGCGCACGCUGUACGUUCUCGUCGCCGUGUCGUCGGCGACCUACAGCGCGUGCGUAGAUCGCUACGCAGGCCUCCAGACGAUCCCAGCGCCGCUGCCGUCCGAGCUGCUCACGCUGCAAGUGCCCUCGCUCUACAUUCGCGGGCUGAUGCGGCAAUCUAGCGGGCUACCAGACAACGAGCUCACGCAGCUAAAGAACGUACCGACGGGCUUGAUGGCACUGAGCGACGACGACCCGAUCCAGAACCAAGAUUGGACGUCGAUCAAGCACAUGUAUGACAACCUCGAUGCGAUGCGCUGGCAGAAAUUCCAUCUUUCUAGCGAUCUUAGCGGCAAUCGGCUCGUCUCGUUCAACUACGUCAACCUCUCCAAGUCGCUCAUCUACUCGCACGCUAUUCAUGCCAGUGGUGUCGACGGCUGCAGUUUAAACUCGUUCGUGGCAACCGCUGCGACAUUUGACGCCUUAAACGCACUCUCCAUCGCUACCAAUGCGACGGCCACCAAAGGGCUGUUUGCCACGACGCUCUCGCGCGUCGAUGCUGCCAGCCAGUGGGCUUGCGACUCCUUCGGUGGGCGCAUGCGCAACCUCGCGGCGAAGGUCUCGAUCCCCGUCUGCAUCACAGGUUAUGCGCUGCGUCUCGGUCUGGGGCUUGGGGCCGUCGCACUCGUCUUCCUUGCAGCUCUUUUCUGGGGGUACCCCAAGCCGACGCAGGUGUUUAACAUUCUCGACAAAACGGUGGUCCGCCGAUCGUCGUCGUCGUCGUCGGUGUCGUUGAUGGACGAGCGAGGUGUCGACUUGGAUGUUGCCAUUUUGACGCCCUACAAGAUUGACUCGAGUACCUAUGCCGUCGUCGGGGACGUGUCGAUUGCUACGGGCAGCGACGUGGAUGUCUGGCGUGGCCACUGCCAAGGAGAGCCGAUCGUCAUCAAGCGUCUUUGA